AUGGCCGCGUAUCCCGGCGCUUACAGCACUGCGUUUCCAAGCAGCAAGGCCAAGGCUGCUGCUGACGCGGAGGAGUCGGGUAUCACUCCUGCUUCCGCUCCUGCUUCUGCUUCUGCUGCUUCUGCUGCUGCUCCUGCCGCUGCUUCUGCUGCCGCUGCGUCUACUGCCGCUGCUUCUGCUGGUGCUGGCGUGAAUCAUACUGCCACACCAGGCACUCCCGCGGUGCCGGGAAACGCCGCGGAGGUGACGCAAGCAGGCGGGCAGGCGGCGCGAGCUGCGAGGUUGGAGCUGGUGGAGGUGGGAUCUCCGAAAAAGGCAGCUUCUGGCGAAGCUUCCGCGAACGAAGAGGAGGAGGAGGUGGAGGAAAAAUUAGGUGAGGGCACUGGGACGACGGGAGAUACGAAGAAGGUUUUGGAAAAUGAGUCAGUUCUGAAGCCCCUUGGAGCGGAUGAGAAAGGAACAGGAGUUGAAGAGGCAGCAGCAGCAGCAGCAGCAGUGGGUGGUGGUGCGAUGCCUGGAAAGAGCCAAACGGAGAUGGUUGGUGUUACAGCGGCAAACGGAGGUGGUAACAGGAGCUCAGCCGCUGCUUACCCGCUCAUGCUCCCGUAUCCUUACGCGGAUCCCAGGGCCCUCCCAGGUUUCGUGAACGGUUUUGGCGGGAAUUCGCAGGGCGCAUUGGGAAACAUUGCAGCUGGUCCGGCUGGUGAUGAUGCUUAUGCACCGACUUUCUGGUUCGGACAGGAGCCUUGGUUCGGGCAGGGGCCUUGGGUCAACCAGGCGCCUUGGUUUAGCCUAUCGCCUUGGCUGCCUGCUUAUACAGAUAAGCUCCCUGCGCUUGGCUCGGGGCCUAAUUAUCCUCGUUAUUGGCUUCCUCAGUUCUAUCCUGCGCAACCCAAUGCUGCAGUUCAGUUCUUUCCGCCUCGUCCCGCCGCAGCGUCCAGUGAUACGCCGAGCGUAACUUGGAGCCUCGGUCCGAACCUGGGCGCGUAUCCAGUGGCUGCGGCUCCUGAGGCGGUUUCUGUGGCACCUGAGGCAAUUUCUGCAGCAACUGAGGCAGUUUCUGCGGCACCUGCUACGGCACCUGAGGAUACACCAGCGGCCCCUGAGGUGACACCGGUGGCACCUGAGGUGGUGACUACAUCACCUGAGACGACAACUGAGGUGGCACCCGCUGCACCUGAGGCAGUUUCCGCGGCACCUGAGGCAGUUUCCGUGGCACCUGAGGCAGUUUCCGCAGCACCUGAGGCAGUUUCCGCGGCACCUGAGGCAGUUACUGCAGCACCUGAGGCAGUUACUGCAGCACCUGAGGCAAUUACUGUGGCACCUGAGGCAGUUACUGUGGCACCUGAGGCGGAUUCUGCGGCACCUGAGGCAAUUCCUGUAGUACCUGAGACGGUACCUGAGGUUACACCAGUAGCACCUGAGGCUGUUUAUGCGGAACCUGAGGCUGUUUCUGCGGCACCUGUUGCACCUGUGGCUGCACCUGGACCUGAGACGGCACCUGAGGUGGCGCCUAAAGCACCUGAGGCGGUACCUGUGGCACCUGAGGCAGUACCUGCGGCACCUGAGGCAGUACCUGCGGCACCUGAGGCACGUGAGGCCGAACCACCUGUAUCUGAACCAUCUGCACCGGAAGCACCUGUAACCAAAGCACCUGUACCCGACGCAGCUGCUACCAUCCGAACCACCAACACCGAGCCUCCUGAGCUGCCGAGGCAACUGGACGACCCAACCACAGCAACAGUCGCAGCCACCCGCAUCCAAUCCGCAUGGAGAGGCCACUCCCUCCGCCUCACCAAGCCUCUCGAAGCAGCUCGGACCAUAGCCGAGGUUCGGCGGCUGGCUCGGGAGAUGGCAGAGAGGCUCGGUGAGGAGGGGUAUGCGGCCAAGGUGGCGUCCGAACCAAAGGAGAAGCUUCGGGUGAAUGAGACGAUCAUGAGCUGGUUGCUCCGGUUGGAUGCGCUGCUCUCGCCGAACCAGGAGGUCCGGGAGCUGCGCCGGGGAGUGGUUCGGGAGCUGACAAAGCUGCAGGAUCGGGUGGAUUCUUUGAAGCCCACUGCUAUGGCUGCCGAACCUGUUUCUGUGCCUGCCGAACCUGGUGUGGGAAAAGCUGCUGAACCUACCCCACCCACCUCCACGUCUUCCCAGUCCUACACCGCUCCAGUCCCUGCUGCUGCACCAGAGCAGCCGCCACAGAAGAAGCAGCAGCAGGAGAAGGACCAGUCAUCGUUGCAGCAGCAGCAGCAGCAGCAGCAGCAGAAGCAACAAAUUCUUGCCGAGGAAGGCAAUGGGAAGGAAUUGCCAGCCGCUAAGACGGCAGCAGCUGCCAAUCCGCCUGCUAAAACAGGAGGCAAGCCACAGAGCAAGCCGGGUGCGUCGCUUCCUUUCAAGAAAGGCUUUCUGCUUGGUGAACCGACCAAGAAAGCGAAGAAGAGAGCAGAUGCUGAGAGGACAAUCAGCCCCGCGGGCAACUGUGAACGUGGCAGCAGCAGCGAUGGUGACAAGGAUAGGAGAAGCAGCAGCAGUGGUGGCAGCAGCAGCAACAGUGGCUGCAGCAACGGUGGGAACAGCAGCAGCAGCAGCAGCAGCAGCAGCAGCAGCAGUGGUGGUGGUGAGAGAUUGGAUGGGAAAGGCGGGGAGCAGAAAGUCACUGCUGGGGAUGUGCAGAAGGUUGACGUGCAGUUCUGUGGGCGUGGGAGCGAGGGUCCUGAGGAGGUGCGAGGCAGGGUCACUGCUGGGGAUGUGAGGAAAGGCGGGGAGAAGGCGAGCUGUGGUGGGGAUGUGCAGAAGGUUGAUGUGCAGUUAUGUGGGCGUGGGAGCGAGGGUCCUGAGGAGGUGCGAGUGGUGUUCUGCAGCAGUGAGGAGAAGGGGCGAGCUAGGAAAGAGGAGAGGGAGGGGGAGAGGAUUGAGGAGGAAAGGAAGGAGGAGUGGAAGGGGCAGAGGAAGGAGGAGGGGAAGGAGAAGGAGAAGGAAAUGAAAAAGGAGAGGAAGGAGGAGGAAACGAAGGGGGACGAGGAAGGUCACAAGGAGGGGAGAGGUAAGGCGAGCUGUACUGGAGAUGUGAGGAAUGUUGACGUGCAAUUUGGUGGGUGUGGGAGCGAGGGUCCUGAGAAGGUGCGAGUUGUGUUCCGCAGCAGUGGAGGGGGCAGCAGGGAUGAUGGGGUAGGGAGGUCAGAUGGGUCAGGCGGUGAGGAGAAAGGCGGGUCAGGCGGAGGGAGCGAGGGUCCUGAGGAGGUGCGAGUUGUGUUCCGCAGCAGUGGAGGGGGCAACAGGGAUGGCGGGGCAGGCGGAUCAGGAGGCUUGAGUUGUAAGGAGGGAGAGGGUAAUGUUCAUGGUUCAGGGGUGGUUGGUGUCAAGGAGGAGAAGGGGAACAGUGGGAAAGAGGGUGGGGUGAAGAAAGUCGAGGAGAGGAAGCAGGAGAGGAAGGAGGAGAGGGAAGAGAAGGUUAAGGAGGGUAAAAAGGAGGAGAGGAAGGAGGAGAGGGUUCAGACGAAGGAGAAAAUUGCAGAUGGGAGGAAUCAGGUUGAUGAGGGCGUUCUUAAGGGAGGCAAGGGGAAGGAGAUCGAAGAGGGGAGGGGGAGAGAGGAGGACGAUGCCAAGAAAGGAGUCCCUGGAGCUAACUUCAGUGAUUCACCUAUCUUCCUCCACUAUCUGCCGCAUCUGCCACCCCUUGGAACCCCCGUCCACCACACCCCACACCCCCACAGUUCUCCUGCACCCAUCUCCACUCCUCUCUACCUCCACCUUCCCCCAGUAACCCCCCUUGAGACAUCCCCUGCUGCCCCAUUCAGUCACUCCUCUUUCCAGCCCUCGCGUUCUAGUCACAUGGCAUCUCAGCCCAAGGGGGGUGCACCUGGCGUAUCUGAGCUUUCACCUGAGGAAAUCGCCUGGCAAAUGGAGGCUCUGAGGCAGGAGAAUGCACACCUGCGCCGGCUACUGUCCGAGCAGGGGCAGCAGCAGCAGCAGCAGAAGCAUCAGAAACAUGCAACAAGGACUGCUGGGGGAUCUGGUGGAAUUGAGGAGAGGUUGGAUUGUUUAGAGAGGGAGAUGGAGAGAGUGAAGGCUUGGCGUGACUGUGAUUGUAAGGGGGGAUGGGGUGGAUAUGGGAGGGAGCCGGUGGGGUGGUUCCUAGGGGGGCUCUAG